AAAAAAAUUGUGUCUGUGACGUGAAAAAUAUUGGUGAUAUUUGUGUUUGAUAUAUAGAAAAUUUAUUAAGAGUAAUUGAAGGUGGGUGAUAGAUAUCAAAGAUGGCGGGGUCCUUAACGUGGUCAUGUAGUUGUUGUCUUAGAUUUAAAUUCAGUCCAGAAGAAAUUGAACAACGUUAUAAAAGUCAAGAAAUUGAUAGAAUGCUUGAAAAAGAUAGACAAGCAUUUAGAAGACAAGUUAAACUUUUGUUACUUGGUGCUGGUGAAAGUGGUAAAUCAACAUUUCUUAAACAAAUGAGAAUUAUUCAUGGUAUUAAAUUUGAGCCUGAACUUAUUAAGGAAUAUCAACAUGUUAUUUAUCAAAAUAUUAUCAAAGGUAUGAAGGUACUUGUUGAUGCACGUGAUAAAUUAAAUAUACAAUGGGAAAAUCCAAAAAAUUAUGAUAUUGGUUAUCAGCUAUUAAAAUUUGAAAAUACAAUUGUACUUGAUACUAGAUUAUUUUUAUUAUAUGUACCAUCAUUGCAAAGUUUAUGGCAUGAUGCAUCAAUUAAAAAAGCAUUCGACAGAAGAAGAGAAUUUCAACUGAGUGACUCGGUACAAUAUUUUCUGGAUAGUCUUGAUCGUAUUGCAAGAGUGGAAUACGUACCAACUCAUCAGGAUAUACUACACUGUAGAAAAGCAACAAAAGGAAUAUCUGAAUUUGUUAUACCAAUAAAUAAUAUACCAUUUUUAUUUGUUGAUGUUGGAGGACAAAGAUCACAACGACAAAAAUGGUAUCAAUGUUUUGAUUGUGUUACGUCAAUACUAUUUUUAGUGUCAUCAUCAGAAUUUGAUCAAGUUUUAUUGGAAGAUAGAAGAACAAAUAGACUUGAAGAAUCAAAAAAUAUAUUUGAUACAAUUGUUAAUAAUAUGAUAUUUAGUGGUGUAUCAAUAAUAUUAUUUUUAAAUAAAACAGAUUUACUUGAGAGAAAAGUUAAAACACCAGAUACAAAUGUUAGCUGGUAUUUUCCUCAAUAUACUGGUGAUUCACAUUCCAUGAAAGACGUACAGAAUUUUAUAUUAAAUAUGUUUAUAUCAGUUAAACGUGAUCCAAGAAAGCCAUUAUUUCAUCAUUUUACAACAGCUGUUGAUACAGAAAAUAUUAAAGUUGUAUUUAAUGCUGUUAAAGAUACAAUAUUACAUAGAAAUUUAGAAUCACUUAUGUUGCAGUAAUUAAAUUAAUAUAUUUAAACAACAAAAAAAAGAAAAUAAAUAGUUAACUAUUAAAUUAGAUAAUUAAAUAAUACAUAAAGGGCCUGAUUACAAGUGUAUACGUCAAAUAAGACAAACUCGUUAUAUAUUAUCCAAAGAGUAUCUUUGUUUAGGUACUUUUAUCUCAUAAAUACAUAAACAAAUAAUUAUUUAUACUGCAAUACUGUUUAUACAACACAAAAAAAAAGAUAUUAUACAAUCUGGUUUAGACAAUAUUAAUUAACAAAAUAAUUAUAUACAAUUAUAUUGAGAUAGUGAUGAUUUUUUGGUUAUCAAAUUUAAUAAGUCUUGAUUAUUUGAUUGACCAAGUAGACAAGUACUGCCUGAUAUAAAUAUAUUAUUUAAAUUAUCU